UGGCCCAAGCUGCGGUAUUGGCUACUCAAACCAUGCAACACCACCUCAACAUGAGCUUGAAGUAUGUUACGCUGUUGUACCACAGUCUGGAGCAAAAGCACACGAUUGAUCGCAAAUCAGCGGUGCAUGCUAACCUGGAAAGUGGACUAUCGCCACAGAAAGGUCGCAACAACAACUCGAGAAACACGCGAAAACAGGUAGUAGCGGAUGAAGAACUAGCAUUAGAAAAUCACCAUGGAGAUGGAACACCGAAGAAGGAGCAACCUCCCUCGCUAGGAGAGGAGCAACCACCGUCGCUUGGAGAAGAGCUCACGGGGGACGCGCUUUAUUUGACAGCUGUGAUGUUGAACAGCUCGCUAUUGAAAGCCAUUUAUGCCUUUUUUUUUAUUCACUAUCCACUUAGUGUUAAGAAUAGUACUACCUGGUGUUAAACAAGUAGAUAGUACUACAUGUACAUCUUUUCAUCAUCAUAGAAAUGAAAGUAUGGACAUGAGUAUGAGUUUCGUAAUAGGCCGUCGCCCUCAAGUUCAAGUGGUAAGACAUCUUCAAUGAUUGAUCUCCUCGACUUCUACUCUUCAUAUCGCGCACGUGGUCGAAUCGUUCCAGAACCAUGCAAGUGAGCACGUGGAGAGUCGUGAUCUCACCAUAGACGACUAUGUGUCAUUCGAUGGCACGCUGACAACGAUAUACGAAGGGGAAAAUCCUCAAACCGCCAAGCCUGCUACAUCUGGAGGAUCCUCUGCAUCUUCGGGAUUGAACCAGAAAAACAAGCAGGACCUUCAACAGGGGACUACUUGUUCAUCAACAAUAUCCUCAUCACCGACGUCCUCGUAUAGUGCAUCAAGUACAUCCUGCUAUGGUCCCCAUGAUACCACAACUGGUGGCAUUGCUUCGUCUACCACGAGUGAAACGAAUGAUGAAAACCGAAAUGCUUCCGAAAAACAUGAUGGAGAUCAUCCUGGUAGAGGUCAAAGUAGUCAAGAAGCUCAACCUCAAGAACAUCAUCUGCCUUUUCGAGAACAAGUGCGGAAGAGUGCGAGUUUGCAUGAGGUAAUUACAGCCCUGACGGAACAGCAACAGAGCUGGAAAGAGGAAAUCAUGCAGUUGCGGGAACAGAGGUCGGCCCUAGAGAAAAAACUAGUGGAUACGGUCGUCGGAGGUAAUGGAGGUGGAGGUGGGAC